UCCCAGCAGCCACUUCACACAUGACAACAACACACACACACAUCUUGCAUGCCCAUCCCCAAGAAGACCCCUCCGAGCACACACACGUACUCCCAUACGAGAGCUUUUUGCAUAGAGCUUGCACACAAUUGAAUACAUUCUAGGACAGAGGCCUCGUUUCCUUUGGGGAAAGACAAAUGGCCAACUCUGGGAUUCAACUUUUGGGGUUCUUCAUGUCGCUGACCGGCAUCGUGGGCCUGAUCAUCGGCACCGUUCUGCCCCAGUGGAAGAUGUCGGCCUAUAUCGGGAACAACAUCAUCACGGCGGUGGCCAUGUACCAGGGAUUGUGGAUGUCUUGCGCCUUCCAGAGUACGGGACAGCUCCAGUGCAAGAUCUACGAUUCCAUCCUGCAGCUUGACAGUUCUCUUCAGGCCACCCGAGCGCUGAUGAUCGUGGGCAUCAUCGUGUCCGUGGCGGGCCUGGGCGUGGCCUGCACAGGCAUGAAGUGCACAACAUGCGGAGCGAGCGACAAGCUGCGCAAGGCCCGUACCGCCAUGACGGGAGGGAUCAUACUGUUAGUGGGAGGGCUGUGCGCCAUCGUGGCUUGCUCCUGGUUUGCUCACAACGUGAUCCGGGCGUUCUAUAACCCCUACACUCCUGUCAACACCAAGUUUGAGUUCGGCGCCGCCAUCUUCAUCGCGUGGGGAGGUUCCCUCCUCGACGUCUUGGGCGGCGCCAUGUUGGCUGCUUCUUGUCCAAGAAGAAAACAGGUGUCCAAGUACCCAUCCGUCCCAGCAGCUAGUUCCCGCUCCGAGCCAGCCAGCAGCAAUAAGGAAUAUGUCUGAAUGUCAGAAUUAUACAAAGAUAUCCAAGUGAAAAUGUGUGUGGGCCGUCACGGUAGCGCAAAAGUAAGACUUUAUGCAAAAUUGCUUGAUUAUGACGCAGCAGUGUCACGCCCCGCCCUAGUGGUCAACAUGUGUUAGCAAAAAUGCUAUACACUAUUACAGGGGUGUCAAACUCUUUUUUUUUUUUUCGCCGGCCGCAUUGUAGUCAUAGCUUCUUUCGGAGGCCCAU